GUUUCUGGAAAUUUGUAAAUAAUACCCGUAGCAAUUGUUCAUUUGUAUAUAAGUUAUAGCAGAUAGUUUAAAAGCGUAAACAGAAACAUUGUCAGGCACAGACAUGAAGGAUGGCACAGACUGUUUUACCAGGACAUUUCAGAAAUUUAAACAGUAACGAUUUCCCGGACACAUGGAAUGGGAGUCUAAGUUUCUCAGGCAAUGCUGGAAAUUUCUUUAAUCAAAAUACACUUAGUGAUGUAAACAGUAGGACUACAAUAUCGAAUUAUUCUCAAAACUCAAGAAAAGGACCAAAAUAUCCACAGUACUCGAUAACAUGCAUAAGACUGUCAACAUUUCAGACAUGGCCAACCAGUAUACAGCAACACACAGAAACGAUGGCAGAGGCUGGGUUUUACUAUACAGGUAACAAUGACCAUGUGCGAUGUUUUCAUUGUGGCAUUGGACUACAGAACUGGGAUUCAGAAGAUAAUCCUUUUGUAGAACAUGCUAGGUGGUCCCAAGAAUGUCAAUUUCUAAAAGACAAGAAAGGCUUGGAUUUCAUUGCUACAGUACAAGAUGCUGUCAGGAGGGUACAACUGGAAGAGGCCCUAAAUACUGAUGGCAUAGCACAAACUUUCGAUAGUCAUGAUACUGACUGUGAAGAAGAUGGAAGUUUUAGAUCUGGAGACAAAAGCAGAGACUUCUUUCCAAGUGGGAAACCUCCAACUAAAGCAGAGAAGAAAAACCCAUUGCUGACAGAUGCAGCUCAGAGUAUACUAACAAUGGGAUAUUUACCUAAAGUUAUUAAAAACGUUGUUGAUAGAGUUUUGAAUGAGAAAGGCUGGAAUGGAAUGUCUGCAAGAAAUUUAAUGGAAGAGAUUAACAAAAUAGAGGAGAGUGGUGAAAUAGCAAAAUCAGAAUUGACUGUACCAAUAAGUUCUAAACUGAAACAUUCUGUAGUAAGCAUGAAGAACUUUAAACUUUUCCCAAAAGAUAAUGUAAAGAAGAUAGCAGAGGAAAACAAGGAAAUGAAAGAACAGACACAGUGCAAGAUUUGUUGCGAAAUGCCUGUUUCUAUUGUGUUUUUACCCUGUGGUCAUUUAUCUUCUUGUUCACAAUGUGCCCCAGCCCUGAAAUCAUGUCCUGUAUGUAGAUCAGAAAUCAAAGGCUCUGUCAAAGUCCAGUUUAAAUAACCAAGUCAUGUAGUAGCUCAUUUACCAUUAAUGUUUUUUUUAAUCUUUGUAACAUACCUAUAAAGGAUUAUUGUGUAUUUACUUGAUUUUUGAACUGUCAAAUAUUAUUGAUAUUUACAACAAAUUAUUACAAUUAUUAUUUAUAUUAGUUAUUAUGCUUUUGAUGAUAUAUUUAAUUGUUGACUGGUUUAUUAACUAAGAGUUUUUAUACGAUAAGUUAUAACUUUAUAGUAUACUGUGGAUUCAUUAUUUUUUGCAGGAUACCAAUUUUUGUGAAUUUCAUGGGUAAAUAUUAAACAAUGAAUGUACAUGUUUAAAGAAGUGAAAAUUUUCAAAAUGCUGAUACAAAAUCCUAUGUCAGCUAAAAUACAAGUUUUUCCCAAUCAGUGAAAGACAAGUUUAGAUCUAGAAAGUUCCUCAGUUAAACAUAUAUAUUGGUCAUUCUCAAUUUAAUUAACAGAGGCACAGUACAAAUAUCAUUUCUUCUGUUAUACUAUUUACAUCAUUAUAUAUUUGUUAUUAAGUCAUAACAAUUUAUUAUCAUCAAUAAGAAGAAGAUACAUUUCAAUUAUUUAAUGAAAAUUGAAAGUCUGUCAAGUCCACCAUGAAAAUAUUAUUAUCAUUGUUGACCUACAUGUACAAUGUUAGCUGUUACCCAACAACUGUUUUAAAAUUUGAAAUAUCUGUUUUUUUAUAAUAUUUUGUUUAAAUUUAGUAAGUUAUCUCCAUUCUUGACAAUUUAUUUCUCAAAUACAGGAGUGAAAAAUGUAUACAGUCAAACCGGUCACCUUCUUUCAGCGGUCACCUGUCUUUAACGGUCACUUUCAGACCCUCCCAAACGUUUUCUUUAUAUAAUUUCUUUUCAGCAGUCACAUGUCUAGCGCAGUCAGUGGUCAACUCAUUUUGGGACGAAAUCGUCAUUUCAAUUUUUAACAACAGGCAUUUUCAUGUUUUUCACAAUCCAAAUAUAAUCAUGACAAAAAAAUAUAUGUGGUCAGUAUCAAGGUCAAAAUGUUAAUCGGAACCAUUUUGCAACCGAGAUCGCGCUAUAGGAGAUGCAUUUGUGAAUUUUUUGUGUUUCACUCCUUUCAGUUUCCAUUGAAAUCCGUAUCAUCGACUUAUUUAUCAACAAAUAUCAACUAAUUCGAAUGUUUGAACGCGGGUAUCCAUAUUUUUUUAAUUGUCUGCUCGCACAACGAUAACUAUACAUAUUGAAAAAAAAACCAAUUUGGCCCAAUCCCAAUAAUAUUCUCUCAAACCUUUAGCUUUAACUUUUAAUUAUUAAUUUGAUAAAUUUGACAUUUAAAGCAUUACUGCUGUUAAUUGCUAUAGUUAUGCUUUGAUUCAUUGCUUGCUAAAAUUACUUGAACAUCUAUAAAACAAAAUGUUGGAUGAAAAAACCAUUUUGAGACAUUUAGACAUUUAUUGUAGAAAUUUCAAAAAUCAGGGGAAAAAGUGAGGCUUGCUGAUUCCAUAUUUCAAACAAGGGUACAUCUUUUCAUCUCCAAUUUAAUUUUCAUGCUAAAAAAAUAAGUAUAUUCUUUGGAUAAACUUCUGAGUGAAGUUGUGUGUAACAAAAAAUGACAAUAAUCAAACGUUGUUCUAAAAUGGUUGUGUUUUUUUUUGCAAUGCUUCAGAACUGUUAGCAUCACACUUCUAGGAUUUGGUGUGGACAAAUGUAUAAGAUUACAAUUAUUGCAAAUGUUUUUUGCCUCAAUGUUUAGAUAAAUAAAGCUUGAUAUAUUGUAUAGAAACUGGUAAUUGUGGUAUGUUUCACCCAGUGUUGUGUUACUGUCUUAUUGACAAAUAGCCCGCAUCUCCUCAUAGAAGUAUUGGAUAUAAUUGUCCUUUGGUCUAAGUUUGAUUAUUGUCUCAUUGGUAGCCAUGUCAUCUUAUUUGAAAAUUUACAGAUUGUGUCCUAUUAGCUAUCAUAAAAAAAUUUCUGAGUCUGGAUUCGCUUGGCAUAUGUUUCUUGUAGACCAGGAGAAACUCACACUGUUAAUGCACUUGUUCGUACUUCAAUUAGAAGUUAAAGAGAUUCACUCAUGUUUUAAUUCUUGAUUUGUCAUAUGUUUAUUCCAAAUAUGUUUAAGAGUUUAGAAGAUCGAUAAACUUCGGUUGCCCCUUUUUUUAUAUACAAUAUGUCUGCCGGUAUAUAUGAUUGUGAACAUAUUUUUUUAUCUGCACAGACAGGAAGUGCAUUUAUGAAAAUAUCAGUAUUAGAAAUUUUGAUCUAUAUAAUAUUUUUUUUAAAUGAAUAAUGUAUGAGCAAGAAAUUGAGAGUGCAAUUUUAAACUUAAUGCCUGGAGUUUACAUUUAUAUUAUUAAAAGAUGUUCUAUUGGUUUACAUUAAUUGUUAAAAACUUGAUACUUUUAUCCAAAAUUGUAAAUCUUGUAUAUAUUGUAUCGAUUCUGCAGUGUAGUAUUUAGCCUGUUUUUAUUUACUUAUUACUUUUAUGUUUUAAAAAGAAACAUUAAUGGCAGAAAAAAAAAUAUGGGAAGACCAUAUUAUCCAUAACUUGUAUCAGUUAACUUUUGGAUGUGUAGAGAAAUUUGAAAAUCAUGCUAUAUGAUCAUAGGUUUCUUAUUACUUCUAGUUAACUGGUUCAAGCUAUCAUUGGUGUGAUCAUGUCAUAACUUUUCUCAAUUCCUUUCGAGGUUUCCAGACAGAAUGGCCCGAAUUUUUACUUUUUAGUUGUUAGCUUUUUUAAAACAAGUUUUUGUUUACAUUUGUUUAACUUACUUUUACAUAAGUUAUUAAAUAUGAAACGGGUGUCGAAUGUAAAUAUGUUAUAUUCAAGUUUAUACUUUGUUAUUAUUUUAUAAGAUGGAGAGAAAAAGCUCAUGUUUAUAAGACAAGAAACGUGCCUCUCUUAUCAUUUCCAUAUGUAUUUUGCCGUCCAUGCCAUGACUCCCUAAGUUUUCAAUAUAAGUUAACUAUAGAAUGACUAUAUUCAUUUUCCUUUCUUAAUUAUGCAGUAAUAACUGCUUCUUCGUUGAUUUUCUUACAUUUCUUUCAAUGUUUCCUUCAAUACUGUAUAAACAGAAUUUUCUGAUAAUGUCAAUUAUGACUCAUAAAUUAUUUUCCUAAUCUAAAAAACAGUCAUUGAAAUAAAAUGUCCUCAUAGUAGGUUCCUCAUUGUACUCAAAAGGUUUAUAAUAUAUAAAUAUCUGUGUGGGCAUAUACAGAUGUAAUACUAGUACUUAACAAUUUUGGUGGCAGCUGUCAAUAUCCUUCAGCCGAAGUUCUAAACCUACAGUAUAUAUUUGACCUCUGAUUAAAUGAUAGUUCGUAUGAAUCAAAUAUCUGCUUUGUCAUAUAAUAGUACUGUAGAGAAUAAUUAAAAUAGGUCAUCUCUGAUGAAGGUUACCUGAGAAAACACUAUGCUUUCCGAAUACCUGAAACAUUGAUAUGUAACUAGCUAGUGGUUUAUUAUCGAUGUAAGUAGUAAUAUUGAUUGAUUGUUGGUUGCUUAAAAUAAAUAGGCAGAUAUUUCAUGCAUUUCGGGACAUUCAGGAUUAUAGAAAUGUACAAUAUGUGGUCAAAACUAAAAGUAUAAGGUAUUGCUAUACAAAAAUGUAAAAUAUUUAAUGUAAAGGAUAUAUUCUACCAAUCAAACUUGGUCUAAAAUUAAGUUUAAAUCAUGAUAAUAUGCCAGAAGUGCCAAAUUUAAUCCAUAAGAAAAAAUACAAUUCCUUAAAAUGGCUUAAAAUGUAGUUUUAACAAACAUUGGUGAUAAUAUAAAGUAGAAAUAAAGACAUAAUGUAAAAUACAAAUGUGGUCAAAGUACAAAUUAAGACCAUAAUGUAACGUACAAAUAUUUUUCAAAACUUAUUGUACAGAACAAAAGAUCUCAAAACAUCAUGUUCUAAUUGCUUAUAACAUUAAAAGCAAAAUAUAAUCAACUUCUUAUAUACAAAUUCGGGUAAGAAAAAAGUACAAAAUGUAGUCAAACCUGAUAUCAUAAAUGAUAUCAAAUAGUUGAGUACAAAAGUGGUCAACAUUCUUGAAAAAUGUGGUAAGAAUGUAAUUUAAAAAUGUCAAAACGAGAAAAUUUCUGGGAUUUCCUAUUUAAUUGAGUAAACAACAUGUAAUGCACAAACUUGUUUUCAAAUCGUCAAAAAUUAUCCAGAAAAGGUUCUGACAUGAAUACUCACAUAGCUACUACAUGUUUUGGUUAUUAUAGAAAUAUUUAUUUCAGAAAUAUAUAUUGGGAAUAAUGGUAAGUAUAUAUGCUCAUUCUUGUAUAAACACUGGCUAUCAUUUUAUAUUCUACAUCAAGGUUACCUCAUUUUUUUGCUGCCUUCACAGUUUUUUUCUUGUGUUAAAAACAUGUACAUUUGUAUAUAUACUUUUAAAAAAAAGAAGCAGACAAGUGUUCCACAUCUUAUUUCACCAUUUCAGAUAGUUCCAAGUAUACCCUUUACAUUACACAAGGAAUGUAAAAAAGCUAUUGAUUUGAUUUGUGGAUAGAAGGUUCUAUAAGGCACUAAGUCUUGUGAUUUUUGUCAUGAAACUUAAUGUGACUGUUGAAAUUGUGCUUGUUGCAUAUCUUGAAAUGUUGUUUGAAUAAAUAAGUCUUUCGGAGGA